GUUACUUGGCAGAGUAGAAGUAUUUGGCUAAUAAGGUACUGUCCAGACUGCUACCUCGUUUUUUAGAUUAGUAUUAAAAUACUAUAAUAAUAUUGGCAGAGUUGCAUUUGUGAUCUUUGUUGAACAGCUGAAUGUAGUUGGAUGUUAUAUGGAAUGCAGGUGUUGUAGAAAUGAAGGGAACCUUUAGUGUUGCACAGAACUCAAGUUUGCUGUAUCAUUGGAGAGGUGCUAUCUAAAUGAACUGUAAAUGCAGCAAUAAAUUGAUGGAUAAAAUGCCCGAGCAAGGGUUGAAUGACCUUUUUAGAAUUGAGUUUGGGGCAUCAGCUGCUACAAUUAUUUUAUUUUUAUACUAACUUGCCUUUGUUCUGUUCAUGCAAAAGUACGUUCAUGAAAUUAAAAGUAGCUUAAGAUAAAUUUGUCUUGUAGGUAGCCAACAUGGUGAAAAGAUCAAGACUCUUGGGUGCUAGAGUAGCUCAGGUUUAAUUUGACUGUAGUGCCUUCAUACUGAAUUUGCUGGUUAAGAAUGGGUUGCAUAUCAACAAAAGAUUGACUGUAGUUAUGCGUGGAAACAGUGGAAGCCAAAGCUUGAAGAAUGUCAAAAAUGCAAGAGAAAUAAAUAGUACUAAACAAGUAUGGUUAAUAAACUCUAUAGUAAUCAGGGAAUUAAACUGGCAUCUUGAGGGAAUAAGCUUAGAAUGAUGAAAUUUCGGUGACCUUUGUGAUGGGGCGUUGCUGGUCUAAUGGAUACAGACCGUUAGAUGAGUAAAAUAGUCUUGGUCCGAAACAGUUUGUGGAAGUACCAACUGAAUAAUGUUGCACACGAUACAGAAAUACACAUAUUUUUGGAUUGAAGAUGAACUACUUGGAAAAUGAAUUAUUUCUCAUUUUGAUUAAUGACUUCCAUUUCAGAAAGAUUGCUGGUUAAGAAAACUUGAGAUACAUGGAUGUUGCAUUACUGUACCACCUUUGUAGACUAAUGUUUCUUUUUUUAUGAGAUAGACAUGCCUCAAGAAAUGUCUGCUUCCUGUCUUCGGUAGCAUCAAUGUAUCAGUUAAAGGACUGAGAUGGAGGAAGUGUUUCCAGUGGAGCCUAACACACUGAACCACAUAUCCUUUUGGCUGAUCUGAGCAUGGUGACAUCCUGUCAACUCCGUUGUUACCUUCAGUGGGCCAUGGGGUUCCUGUUCCACACCUACCCCAAUGGUAUCAGAAUGUCUUCCAGACUUCUUAGGGAUAAAAACCAUUAGAAAACAAGACUAGCAUCUGUCAAAUGGGGCUCCCUCUCCAUUUCUUUCUGCAUAGCUUUCCUUUGGGGGGAGAAGAAAAAGAGAAUAGCAUGAAAAGUGCAAAAUGUUUCAAGUUCCUGUUCAAAAUCUUGAUAAUAUUAGGAAGGCUCGAAAAAAGGUGAAGGGCAUUCUUGUGGAUUUUGGGCUUGACAGCUGCAGGGAAUUGUUGAAGAAUCUUAAAAGUUUUGACCCAGGUGAAAAACACUUUUGUAACACUUCAUGGAGUGAUGUCUCUCUUUGGGAGUCAGUGGGCAAAAGGAAGAGAUACAGAACAAAGCCGUACUGCUGUAGCUUAUGCAAGUUCUCAUCAAAAUUGCUUACUUCAUUCAAGAAUCACUUGCACCGCUACCAUGAGGAUGAAAUGGACCAAGAGCUGGUGGUUCCUUGCCCAAAAUGUGCAUUUGCUUCUGACCCAAAAAUAGUGGGAAAACAUAUCCGGAUGUUUCAUUCGUCUAAUAAAAGAAUACAGAACUACACAGUCAGCAUUGUGGAUGGCAUGAAACAAUUCAGGAGUGACAUAAUAAACUUUACAUGUCUAAAAUGCCACUUCACAGACACACUGUAUUACAAUAUGAAGAAACAUGUGCUGAUGAACCAUUUCGAGAACUUAAUUAGUACGUAUUUUGGCCUGAAACCUGAUGGAAGUAAAGGGGAUUCUGCCGAGCUCUACUGUAAAAAAUGUAAUGCUUCUGCAAACAGUGAAGAUUCUUUAAUGUAUCAUGUCUUGACAGCUGAAACACACAGAGACCUGGAGAACAAACUUCGGUCUCUGAUUUCAGAGCAUAUUAAGAAACCAGAAAUUGUGAAACAAAUGCAAAUUGCUCCAAAGCCUCCCCAAAGUAUGGCGGUGACUUCUCUGUCUGCAGCACCUGCCACUUCCACAGCAGGUUCUGUAUCAGUUCCAUCUUGCAUCCAGCUUGCGUUUCCACAGAAUAAUCAAACCCAGAGUGGGAUGCAGCCACAUGUCAUUCAAAACACAGUUGGAUCACUGACUGUUCCAAGUGCCUCUGGUAGCUUUCCACGUACAACUUCUGCUCCAGUUGUUACCCCCCCACAUGUUGCUCUUGUAUCUAAUAAUCUUUUUGUAGGUCAAAAUAACAUGAAUAUUCAGCCGUCACCUUCCCAGCCUAUCAUUGUUUCCCAUACGCUCCCCCUUAAUCAGCCUGUGGGGACUGUGGCCCCUUCAGUUCUUCCUCUUAAUCAGUCUGUCAGGCCUGGGAUCUUCCGUGUUAAUCAAACCAUUGGUACCAUAAAUGGUCCGCUUGCAACUGGAGCAUUACCUGUUACUCAGCCUGUCAGCCCUGUGAAUCAACCAGUUGCACCAGGAGUUAUCUCUGUCAAUCAGUCGUUUGGGAAUGUGAAUAGACCCAUUAGUCCCAGGGUCCUUCCUGUGGCACAGACAGUUGCUUCGGGUGUUCUCCAGCUUAACCAGCCUGUUGCUUCUAGACUUGUUCCUGUUGGGCAGAAUGUCCGAUCUGAUUUUUUUCAACUUAAUCAGCCUGUUGCCCCAGCAGUUAUCCCAGUAAAUCAUCCAGUUCAAGCAGCAGUUUCUCAGAAUACAGCUAUUUUGACUCCAGGUUCUAUACUUCGGCAGUUGAUUCCAACUGGUAAGCAGGUUAAUGGGAUACCUAUGUACACGCUUUCCCCAGUUUCAGUUACUUUGCCUGUACCUCCUGGUGGGGGAGUAGCAACUGUUACACCGCCACAAGUGCCCUUCCACCUAAUGCAGGCUGGGACAAUAACUCAGUUGUCCCAGUCACCAGCUAGUGUACCCUCUCCUCCAGUGGUAUUUACAUCUCAGAAUAUAUCAUUUCAAGCCUCCCUUCUUGGUCUUGGAACAAGUCAGGAAACCAAACAGGCUAAGCAGUGGAAGACUUGCCCUGUUUGCAGUGAACUUUUCCCAUCAAAUGUCUACCAGGUGCACAUGGAGGUGGCCCACAAACAGUGUGAACCAAAAGUGGACAGAACCCCAGCACCUGACAAACUUGCAGCUUGUGCGCCCUUUCUGAGGUGGAUGACAGAAAAGACGGUCCGGUGUUUCUCUUGUAAGUCUUUUCUGUGUGAGGAAGAGCUCAUGAAACAUCUCUUGAUGCAUGGCUUAGCUUGCUUGUUUUGCACAGUUACUUUCCAUGACUUAAAAAGCCUGGUAGAGCACAAUAAGACAACACACAACGGGAAAAAGCAGUUACAUGCAGAUUAUAGCAACAGAGGAUUUCAACUAGGUAAUGAUGCUCAGGGUGACCUUAUAUUUCCUCACUUUGAUUUCAGUACAGUGUUACCAAAAGAAGACAUUGGUGAAAGAGAAGUACAUUUGGCUGUGCUUGCUGGACUAAAUUCAAGGACACUUGUCCCAGUUUACAUCAAAGUGACAGCUCAGACAGCAGAAACGAAGGGCAGAUGCAUGAGAAAAGUGUUAACCUGUCCCUUUUGCUAUGGUACGUUUGCUGGUAAAGAAACCUAUGAAAAGCAUUUGGAAGAGCGGCAUCAUAUAAUGCCAACUGUACAUACUAUUUUAAAGACUCCUGCUUUCAAGUGCAUUCACUGUUGUGGUGUGUACACUGGAAAUAUGACUCUAGCAGCUAUCGCUGUACAUUUGCUCCGUUGUAGAAGUGCUCCCAAAGACAGCAACUCAAGUGUGAAGAUGCAGCUUGAGCGUACUGAGAAGAAAGAGCUACUGCUUGUAAAUGGUGAAAAGCAUGAUCCUAUGACGCUGAAAAGAAAACAGUCGGAUUCCUGCUUUGUUGCAGAAGACCAAAGGAAUAGGGAACAGCAGCCUCUGAGCUUAAGUACUGGCAUAGCUCUGUCUCCAGAAAAAGAAGUGAAUUCAGGGGUAGUGCCUUUUAAAAGACAGAAGAUUAGUAACAGGUCUGAUAUGAAGAAGCUUCCUUCUAGUGAGGAUCUUUGCCUUCUAGCAGUAGAUCCUACGCAGCAUGAUCACAGUUCGUAUGAGGCUCAAAAGCAGUUUUUGACAGACUACUUUCACAAGAGGCCAUAUCCUUCUAAGAAAGAGAUGGAAUUACUUUCCUCACUGCUGUGUGCAUGGAAAAUUGAUGUUGCAUCAUUCUUUGGAAAAAAGAGGAAUAUAUGCUUAAAGGCGAUGAAUAAUCGCAAACCAUCUGUGCUGCUGGGUUUCAGUAUGUCUGAACUAAAAAAUCUUAAGCACAGUUUGAACCUAAAAGAUGAAGCAUUAGAUAUGUAAACAAGCUUUUUAUAACAGCUAAAAGGAACCCAUCAUUGCAUCAUUAUUGAUUUAGCCGUUUAUUGUAUUAAUUUGUUUUGACUUGCAGACUGGCCUGUUGAAGGGUGCAGUAGUACAAACAGUCUUGUUCAGUUGUGACUUACUGUGAAAGGCACACGUAGUUGUGUAUUUGAAAAGCUAAAACCUUCAGACUUGCACAUCUGGAAUUUGUUUUAGCUUUGUACUUUUUCUGGAGUAGGUUUUUUUUUUCUUUUCCCGUUUCCUUUUUUUGCCUCCAGGCUCCCGUUAACACUUUUUAUACCACCAUGUAAAACAUCUGUCCUGUUGAAAACAAAUUUUAUUUUAUUUUUCUGCAAUGUCGUUGUCUUUUCUAAACAAUAAAAUGUACAAUGUUGGUUAAUAUACUGAGGUAAACUACGUGAAAAAACAUAUAUUUCAUUAUUUGUGAGUUUAAGUCCUAAUUUUUUUAACCUAUUUUUGUUUUAGCUACUGAAGAAGUGAUUGUAACCUUUACGUCCAUUGCCUUUUCAAAUUCCUGUUGCACUGGUAGCAAUAAAAUAGAUGGCAAUCUU